AUGCCGACCCCGACCGGCGAUUCUCUAACGCACUCCAACACUGCGGAUCAGCAACGACAGCAAGACCCGCUGCAUUACAGAUCUCAGUCGCCUGUUCGCGUCCAUGGAACCCCUCCCAACUCAUCGGUCGAACACCAUGACAGCCACGAUAAUGCCAAUCACGAGCCACCGGCGAAGAAGCGGAAGGUUGCAGGGCCCGAGCAUAAACAAUCUCCUCGACCCGUCUCUCCCCCAUGGAGACGGGUCGUCGCAGAGGGUCCGACAUCCUUCGUAGUCGAUGGUCGGCGGAAGUCUGGACGAACAAACAUCAUCCCUCUUGAUCUGCAGCCCCAGUCGAAUAAGAGGCAGACCCGCGCCGCGUUUGACAAAGUCAAGGAGGAACAUCAGAAGCAUGUCAAACCCGUGUACAACAUCAACAUGUCCGCACGAAAGUCCAACACUGAGGUUGUCGUCCCUUCACGCUCACCAUCGGCCGUCAAGCGCGCUACUGCUCCUCCCACGAAGAGCCGCGAUUCCGCCACCCAGGUGCAUAUCGCCAAGAUAGAGAGCUUGCAAAGACAGAUCAAAGAACUCGAGAAAGCCCGCUUCAAAACUUCACAUACCCCGCAGCCCAAGUCCUCCAAGUCGCCUGGUCGUCCGGCCAGCGCUGGCGGCCGUCGCCCUCGGCUGAAUUCGCUCAAGGUGAACGGUGUUCACAAAGAGCAACGACCCAUUGGUGGCACAGUCACACUCGAACCAGGGAGCGACUCCAGCGACCUUGACAGUUCUCUGAGCGAGCCCGAUGUGUCGUCCAGAGCACCAACCCCACCACUGACUUUGCGCAAAGUCGUCUUUCGUGUCCAAUUACCUCCGCCCACUGUUGCAACUCCUGCCAAUAUCCCACCAUCAAAGAAGUUCGCAAGUUUGGAAGAGUUCUUGGAAAAAGAUGACACAGAGCCACGGCUGGCGGAGGACACCUUGACACAAGACCAGAUCAAAAAGGAAGCCAUGGUGAGGACCAAAGUGAGACAGGCACAAAAGCGAGGAGGAGUACUGGACAAGAAGUUGGUUGACACGCUGCCCAAGCACCAAGCUGAACCCAAAAGACAAUAUGCCCAUCAUGACCACCUGCUCGCGCACGUAUUGCACUUUCGGAGACUUCUCGAGGUCGAGACCAAGGAUCAUAGGAGAAAGGCCCAGAACCUGGCUUAUGAGGCAAAGAGAUAUGUUGAGGACAAGCAGAGUCGAAACAAGGUCAAAACCGUCGCUGAAAUCGUGCAAGAACAGCGGGAGGCCUGCAUUGCGGCUUACCGGUCUGUGGUCAAGGAUGUCGACAAACUUUGGGCCGCCGUCAGGGCAGAGGUUAACGCCAUGCGACAAAAGGAGUAUGAGGAAGAGCAGCAAGCCAAGAUGAAGGGCCACCUCGCGCGAGUGUUGGAUCGGACUGAUCAGAUGCUGAGUCGGGCUGCGGAGCAGGACGGUUUGACCACGGAUACGGACACAGACAUGUCUAUGGAUGAAGCCAUGGACUCGGAGUCAGAAAACAGUGAGCAAAUGUCGGACAGCCAGACAGAAUCCGAAUCGGAAACAGAUGGCCAGGAUGCCGAUGCUGAGAUGUCACUCGAGGAACUGAAAAAGAAGUAUGACAAUCUACAGGACCUGGCAAUAGAAGCCAGCGAUGCAGAGGAGCCACCGGGUUUGAUUGAAGACCAGCCAAGUCCAGAUCCAGCUCAAGAAGAGUCAGACCCCGAGACAGAGAUGGAUUCGGAGUUUGACACAGAUGAAAGCGAAGACGAUGACGAUGACCAGAACAGUGGUGAGGAAGAUGAAGGUGACGAGGACGAAGAUGAGCCUGAUCUUCUCUCAAUGCUUUUUUCGAAAGCUCAACGCGCGAAAAUAGAGAAGGAAGUCGACCAGGAAGUCGAGAUGGGAGAGUCCGAAAGUCGCAGCACUCACCUCGUGGAAGAACUUAGAGACGAGCCGAGGCCGGAUGGCGAUCAGGAGGUCGAGGACGGAGACUCCCCAAGUCGCGGCACUCGCCUUGUGGAAGAACUUACAGACGAGCCGAAGCCCGAUGGCGACCAGUAUGGAGGGCAGAACGUGCCAGAUCAUGGCGCCUCAGAAAAGGUUGAAGCCGGUGUUACAGGGCGGCUCGAUGUGAAGUUGGAAGUUGUAGCAAGUCAACAGGGCGAAGACGCUAUAGUUCGAGACGCAACCUCACCUUCCCAUCUAGAGAUACCUCACCUUCACUCGGAGGAUGCGGUGAGUCAGGAUCCCAGCACUCAUACUUCUCCUCACACGACAGCCACCAAAGUCUCCGAGCCCGACUCUGUUUCCUCAAUUGAUGCUCAAAUCGACCCGGCCCCGCCUGCCACACCUUCGGACACCAAGCCGACCAUCGAGACACCUGUUCCGAGUCUAUUACGAGGUACCCUGCGCGAGUACCAACACGAAGGCCUGGACUGGCUGGCCAAUCUCUAUGCGAAAGGACGGAGUGGGAUUCUAGCAGACGAGAUGGGUCUCGGCAAGACGAUUCAGAGCAUAGCGCUUCUGGCUCACCUUGCUGAAGUCCAUGAGGUCUGGGGUCCCCAUCUCAUCGUUGUCCCAACAAGUGUCAUGCUGAACUGGGAAAUGGAGUUCAAGAAGUUCUUGCCUGGCUUCAAGGUCCUGACGUACUACGGUGAUCAGACAGAACGAAAGGAAAAGAGAAGAGGGUGGUUGGCAGAUGACAAGUUCAAUGUCUGCAUCACUUCAUACCAGCUCGUCUUGAAAGACAAGGAUUCUUUUAAGCGACGGAGAUGGCACUACAUGAUUCUGGAUGAAGCCCACAACAUCAAGAACUUUCGCUCUGAGCGGUGGCAGACAAUGAUGACCUUCAACACCAGGGCUCGGCUGCUUUUGACCGGAACACCUCUUCAAAACAACCUGACUGAGCUGUGGUCACUGCUGUUCUUCCUCCACUAUGGCCAAGAAGACCAGGGCGAGGACGACGCUUUCGCGGGCUUGAAGGAGUGGUCGGAGUGGUUCAGAAGGCCCGUCGAAUCAAUCCUCGAGCAUGGCCGGCAGGUUCUGGAUGAGGAAGACCGCGAGCAGGUCGCAAAACUGCACAAAGUCAUCCGGCCGUUCCUUCUUCGCAGACUCAAAGCAGACGUUGAGAAACAGAUGCCUGGUAAGUACGAACAUGUGGAAAUGUGUCGCCUGUCCAAGCGCCAACGCCAACUCUACGAUGGCUUCAUGUCAAGAGCUCAAACCAAGGAGACACUGGCAUCUGGGAACUAUUUGUCCAUCAUCAAUGCACUGAUGCAGCUGCGCAAAGUGUGCAACCAUCCCGACCUGUUUGAAACGCGGCCUAUCAACACAUCACUCGCAAUGCCUAAGGCUGCUUCGGCCGACUUCGAAAUUACAGAUUUCUUGGUGCGCCGGAGACUUAUGCUGGACGCCUCGAACGAUCUAGACCUCGACUUUUUGCAGUUGGCUCCGGUUUCCAAUGAGGGGAUGUCCAUGAUUGAGGUCAUCGAGACUAGUAAACGACAUGCGUACCACCAAUUCAAGGGUCUACGUGAAUCUCAGUCAAGGAGGGUCUUGUCCUCUUCCGGUGUCUUCUCCGGCAACGCACCGAGUCCUUUAGCAUGGCGUGGAGACAAUCGCAUUGGCGUGCUCGGGUCGCUGGAAAAUGUUGGGCGAAGAGCUCGGCUUCAGGAACUCGACCGCACCAUGUAUUACGAAGCCUACAGGCACCACCAGCACCCCAUCUACGGCCGAGGCCUGGUCCAACGAGUUACCAUCAACGCCAAAUAUGAGCGACUGUGCAGGCUCUCAUCGCCUAGAGCCUUGUCCAAAUGGUGGGAGGACGAGAUGCCCGUUCAAUUUUUCGACAUGGUCCACUCUGUGCAUUCACGAUCCGAGCAAAUGCAACCUUUCGUGGAAAAGUAUGCGUGUGUCACUCCGUCUGUCGUGGCAACCGACCUCGCCACCAGAGCUGUAACCGAAGAAGGCGCCCAGCUCAUCAGAGAAGCAUCACAGUCAGCCUGGAGGUCUGACCGAGACAAUCCAGAUCCGUUCCACCUCGCUCGCAUGAAACUAUCAAUCGCCUUCCCGGAUAAGCGCCUCCUCCAAUACGACUGUGGUAAGUUGCAGAGACUCGACAAACUCCUCCGGCAACUCCAAGCAGGAGGCCACCGUGCGCUGAUCUUCACGCAAAUGACCAAGGUCUUGGACAUUCUGGAACAGUUCUUGAACAUUCAUGGUCACCGAUACUUGCGACUUGACGGGGCGACCAAAAUCGAGCAGCGCCAGAUCCUUACCGAGAGAUUCAACAACGACAACCGCAUUCUGUGCUUCAUCCUGUCUUCCCGCUCCGGCGGUCUCGGGAUCAAUCUUACCGGUGCAGAUACUGUCAUCUUCUAUGAUCUAGAUUGGAACCCCGCCAUGGACAAGCAGUGCACAGAUCGGGCGCAUCGAAUCGGCCAAACUCGCGAUGUGCAUAUCUACCGGUUUGUAAGCGAACACACCAUCGAGAGCAACAUCCUCCGAAAAGCCAAUCAAAAGCAAAUGCUCGACGAUGUGGUCAUCCAGGAAGGUGAUUUCACGACGGAUUACAUGGCCCGGAUGAGCUAUCGGGAUAUGCUUGACAAUGGUGAAGGAGAGGGCGAGCAAGACGAGGCCGGCAGAGCCAUGGAUCGUGUCCUCGGCACCACAGGGGACAAGAAUAUCGUUGUGCUUGAACAAGCUGAAGACCAGGAAGAUCGGGCCGCGGCCAAGGUUGCAGCAAAGGAGAUCCAGGUUACCGACGAUGCCGACUUUGAGGAUCAAGCAACCAGAGCGACCCCUCAGACGGGAGAUGCUCGCAACACACCUACGGCAAGUACUGGUGGUGGUCUUGCAGGAAACGGACUCUCCAAUGGCACAGACACAGCUCCUUCCGAGGUGGCCGAAGAGAGCGAGAAGUGGCAUCACAUUGAUGAAUAUCUGAUCCAGCUCCAGAGAUAUUUGAUGAAGGACAUCCCACUGGAGGGCGGGACGAAUUUCAAGAAGGGCAAGAAAGGACGGCGGAGAGACGAGCAUCGCGUCAGAAGGAGAUGA